AUUGCAAAUUCAUCGCGUCAACGAGCUAAGUGUACGAGUUUCCAAGCCAUAUAUCACACGUCAGAGUCCUCAGCCGCAUUAGGCAACGAUAAUGAUAUGCCCUUUGCAAACAGGCAGACUACAAGGGAGCCAGGGUCGCCCCAUCCUCAUCGCUCAACAUCUCAUCAUCCAGGAUGUCUGCAUCUAGUACAAACUCUACCAGCCCAUUAGCCUUCAGCAAGGCUUCCCCCCAAUCACUCCAAGUGGGGAGCUCCGAGGCCGCGCAAGAUCUGUACGGGCUCGGUGUGCGAGUUGGGUUCUAUCUUCAGGCCCUGGGCAUGAACCUGUACAACUACGGAGACAAGCACGACUAUGGAAAGGGCUUGAAGGUAGCGUCUGGGGCAAUCACCGUCUCUAUCAUGGCCUCGUGGUUCGAGUACGCUGCGCGCAAGCUGUUCAGCCCCAGCGAAGCACUAAUCGUGCUGCUGGUGGUGAUGUGCUUAUCUUUGCCAGCAAAAACUACCCUGCUGAACCCGCAUACCAUAAUCGGCGAACUGACCGGGCUGGCCGUUUUGCUGGUGGCUGAACUCGGAGUCUGUGUUGCAUUAGUGUGGACGUUUGCCCGGCUCGUCGAUACACUGCCAACGUUACAGACCAGCAAUGUGGUCUUUAUUUUCGCAAGAGUCCAUCUCAACAGCUGGUUCCGGUAUGCGGCAUUGGCUUGCUGUGCCGUGGACUCCAUCACCUCGUUAUCAUUUGCGAUCAAGAUUGUGCGUGUCACCAUCGUCGCCUGGCAACACUACGUGACCGAGAAAGCAGAGGCCGACAACGAUGAUGUGGCAAAAUUAGAAAAUAUCAUCGACUGGAAGCAUAUGAAGUGGAGUAUCCAACUUCUUCGCUGGAUGCUUUUCGCCUGGACGAUUGUGGCCGUGGAGCUUACAAUUCAAUGGAAUCAUCUCUCGCCGACGGCAAACCUCAAAAACCCGGGGCAAUUAAUGCCUCUUAUCACGGGAAUCAUCAUCCUCGUCGAUAGUUGCUUUGUUUCCGGGCGCCGGGUUCCUCACUUUCUGCGAAAAGCCCGUCACUCUCUGCAAAAAUCGGCUCUCAGUGCUACCCUGUUCGCCUGUCCAGACAUGCUGUUUCGCGUUUGGAAAGCACUCUGGGGAAAUGUCACCACACUGAGAAGGCCCAUAAACCGCCUUUUCGAUGUUGAGAUGCACGAGAUGGCCUUGGUGGUCACGCAACGAGCCGGCGAGGUUAACUAGCUACGGUAAUAGGACCGAUAGCCUUACGGAUUCAAACGGCAGUCUAUUCAAAGCAAAAUAUGUUGUACUUUGCCUUCUUGCCUCUUC